UAUCUGUCGUUCUGUCGCCUCUACCAAGAGAUCACCAAAAUAGACACCAAUCAGGACCUGUCCUUCCACUCCAACACCUUCGAGGUCUUCGACGAGGACGACAACCGCUUCAAACGGAUCACCAGUUUUGGACAACUCAUUGCCAACCACUCGAGAGUUCGUGUAUUACUUAAGCCACAGAUCUUUCGUAACUAUCUGUCAGACGGCGACCCAAACACUGCUUUCGAUACCAUUAAUAGCUAUGAAAGCAAUGAUUACCACAACAAAGGUUUGGAUGAAAGGGUUGAGACAACGGGUGACCACAUGUCUGGCGAUAUCUUAAGCACUCAGUCGACCGAUACUUAUCCGCCGGUGGACGCAGUCAUCGAUGAGUCCACCCAUUGGACCGUCAAU